CUACGGUGCUUGUCGUCUUCGUCCGCCGCAGCCUACGUCCAUCAAAAACACUCGAAAUCGCAGGAGAAAGACCAAAGUGAUUGCUAAUUCGCAUAUCGUUUAGUGAAAAUUAGUUGGUUCCGUGUCUUGUGCGCCGCGAGUUUACCACAGCUGUUCAGUUACUACCACGGGAGAAGUCGCGUAACCACCGCAGUCAGUCCUUAAUCGAAGAACAACAAGUUUUAUAGCUCGUUUCGUUUGCUACUUGAACAGCAAAAAAAUCUUCAAAAAUGGUGUUAAAAGUGUUUAUCAGUGGAAUGUCCGGCAAUAAGGAGGUCAAAAAACGCCAGCAACGUGUUCUUAUGAUUUUGGACAGUAAAAAUAUCAAAUACGAAACAAUCGACAUAACAGAACCAGGUAAAGAAGCCGAAAAGGAUUUUAUGCAAACAAAUUCAACAAGUAAUGGAGCGACAGUGGGCGAUCAAAAUCCCCGACAUCCACUGCCACCACAAAUCUUCCAUGAAGAUGAAUAUUGUGGCGACUAUGACGCCUUCGAUUUGGCCAACGAGACAGACGAAUUGGAAAAAUUCCUGAAAUUAGCACCAGCCGAAGUGACCAGCGUUUCAAGUGCCGAAAUUGAAUUGAAGAGCAAAGAAAACGGGGAACCUGGAACUGAAGAGAACAAAGAGAACGAAGCAAAGGAGACCGCUGAAGGUGAGGAGAAGAAGGAGGAAGGUGAGGGAGAAAAGAAGGAGGAAGGUGAAGGCGAAAACAAGGAAGAAGGUGAAAAGAAGGAGGAAGGUGAAGGAGAAAAGAAGGAAGAAGUUGAUGCAGAAAAGAAGGAAGAAGGUGAAGAAGGAAAGAAGGGAGAAGCCGAAGGUGUAAAGAAGGAGGAUGGUGAAGGUGAAAAGAAAAAAGAAGGUGAUGAAGAAAAGAAGGAAGAAGGUGAGGGAGAAAAGAAGGUAGAAGGUGAUGCAGGUGAAAAGAAGGAGGAAGCUGAAGGUGAAAAGAAGGAGGAAGGUGAAGGCGAAAAGAAGGAAGAAGAGAAGAAAGAAGAAAGCGACGUGGAAAAGAAAGAUGAAAAAGAAGACAAGAAGGAAGAAGUUGGCGACAAAGAAGGUGAAUCAGCGGGUCAAGAAGAUGAAAGUAAAUCUGAGGAAAAGGAAAAGACAGAUGCUGCCGAUGAGAAGAAAGAAGAAGAAGCGGGCACUGAAGACGCAGACAAAGCCGAAGUAAAGGAAGAAAAGGAAAAGACUGAAGAUUCCGAGAAGAAGGACGCAGAAGAACCGGACAAAGCAACAGAAAAAGAUGAAGAUAAAGCGAAAGAAGCCGAACCUGUACAAGAUGAUUCUAAAGUAAGUGAAACAAAUGUAGAAGAUAAAACAGAGUCUGAAGAAGGUAAGGAAAAAGCUGAAGAUGUUAAGGCUGAAAGCGCGGAAGAGAAGCACGAAACCACGGAAGACAAAAAAGAAACGGAAGAUGAAAAGAAAACGGAAGAAACUAAAGAAACAGAUGAAAAAGGCGAAGAGAAAAAAGAGGAAUCAGCAAGUGAUGAUGUAAAAAAAGAGUCAGAUGAAAAAACUGAAGAGACAAAGGAAGAAUCUGCGAGCGACGACGUGAAAAAGGAUUCAGAACAAAAAGAAGAUUCCGCCCAAGAAACCCCUGCCGAAGUCAAAGAAACCGAAUCGACCAAAAAAGAAGUAGAAGAAGUUGCCAGCGAAGUAAAAGCAGAGCCAGAAGAAACAAAAGAAUCUCCGAAACCUGACGACGAAGCCGACAAAUCCACUAAACCUGAAAAAACAGAUGAACCGUCCGAGAAAGAAGAAGAUAAACAAAAAGAUGAAGAAGCCUCUAAGGAAUCAGAAUCAAAACCAAGCGAAGAAACAUCAGAGAAAAAAGAUGAUACAUCUCCUGAAGCACCUUCUAAAGAGGAUACAAAAGAACCAACGGCGGAGAAGAAAGAUGAGGUCGAAGCUUCAGCAACGGAUUCAACUCAACCUAAAGAGGGUGAAAAAGAUGAUAAGUCUGCCGAUGAAGAAACCAAGCCUGAAUCAAAUGUAGAAAAACAAACAACAGAUGAAAGUCCAAGUGAAACAACAAAAGAUACAGAAACACCUAAACAGGAUAACACUGAGGAAAAUGCCAAAGCGAAUGGAGUCAAAUCGCGAGAGGGAUCAACGGAAAAGACUGCAGAAACAGAUAAAGCGGAAGAUGGCCAAUAAAUAUUUAAUACUUGAUCGCCCAUUUUGCAAGAAAACAGUAAAGAUUUUAACUAGGCUCUAACACAAAAACUACAUGAAAGUCGAUAGUAAUUGCAAAAGUGCUUCCUCCCGCCCCGGGAGGACAGAAAGUUUGUUGAGAUUUCGGUAUAUCAGAAAACCUUUGGAACGGCAGUUGUUGAAAAUGCUUUAUAGGAAAAUUUUUGAGAAAAACUUAUGAAAAUCAAGCUUAAAAGUCCAUAAAAUAUGUUCGAGUACAAGAUGAAUUAUUGCAUUAAUUCCUCGUUCGAAUUCUGUACCUUGUGGCGGUUACUAGACAUAUCAAGCAAUAAAUUUGAAUUUGAACCAUAAACGUUUGUUGUAUUUCAAUUUGGUACUUUGUCCGGUUUCCUUAGAUGUGGUUUUAAAUGUGUUCUAAAUUCAAACAAUAAUUCACGAUUGUACUUCAUUUUGUACUCCUUAACAUUUGUUUUCCAUUAAAAAGCGUAUUAAAAGUCAUAGUUACGAGUUACACUCACUAUAAAUCGAAUGCAUUAUAUAUAUGAAAGGAACUGAGUAAUUUUAAGGAUUACAAAUUCAGUUGAUGCUUUUAAACGAUAUGAAAACCAUACGAAGUUUUACAUUCUUUCUCGUGUUAAGCCUACUUAAAAAAGGUUGCGUUGAUUUAAAUAAUUUCUCUUGCAUCAUUUAAAGUUUUAAAAAUGUUCUUUCAAAAUAUUUGUUUCAUUCGUUAAAUUUUUCGUUCAUUUCUCUGUAUGUAUAUACAUUGUUUCUAUAUCCUUUUAUUAUUGUAUAUUUUAAAUGUAUUUUCUAAUUACUUUAUGCAGCGGAAUUAAUGAUAAAUUAUUUUAAGUUAAAUUAAAAAAAAAGAAUAAAAACCAAGCAUUAUAAAUAAAUGGAAAUCAAAAGAA